AUGAAUGAGCUUCUUACAGCUGAGAAAUGGGCCACCAAAGUCAAUUAUCUACUCGAAAAGGACCAUCUCAUCAAUGACCCUGACAACUAUUCGGGAGGCCGUUGGCACUUCUGGGCUCCAGAAAUCCUGUACGUGAUAUUUCUGAAGUAUUACAAAGGCGACAAGAUGCGUGAUGCAAAGGAUCCUGAUUUCGUCGAUGGAACGUAUUCUAGGAUGAUGGAUACAUGGAAGAAGAGAAGUGUACAGAACCAAGUCGGCACUCUAGAAGUAAUACGAGAAACGAUUGAAGAGAAGGUCAACAUCCCUAUGCAACUACACAUGGUGCUGAACAAGGAAGAUGAUGAGGCAUUGGCAGUAGAUAUCAUGGCGUGGAGGGCUGCAAAAGCCCAUCGAAAGGCUCAGGGAGACAGAGCUACGGUCGAGCAUAGCAACGUGGACAACAUUGGUGUAUCACUAUGGCUAGUUGAUAGGGUAGAGGGGCUAAGUGAGGCAGUAGAUAUUACACCAAUGCCUUCUGAAGCCUAA